UGCUAGUGGUCAGAGCUUCGGGCGUCCACCUCGCCAAAGCCACUCCAACGCAGGUGUCACCAUGAAGGCCUCAGUAGCAGCCAUCUUUGCUAUCACCAUGGUGCUGAGCGUGCAAGCGGCUGACCUGUCCUGCGGGAAGGGCGAGGUGUGUCCUGAGGGUCAUUGUUGCAUGAUUGGCGGCGGCAGGUACGGUUUGCCCAUCUGUUCCCUGAAGGGUGUGAGUGGUGACUCCUGCCGGCCGAACGACCAACCACAGGACAUGUGGCUGACCGCCUAUCCGGGCGAUGAGGGUUCCCUGUACACGGGUGUCUACAGUUACGUCUGUCCCUGCCUGAACGGCCUUCAGUGCGCCGAUGGAACCUGUACCUACUAGUGGGCGUCUCAGGCGCUCACCGACUCACCGACUCACUGCGACAACUUCAUCAGCAUCAGUACGAAGACGCAAACUGGAAGACUCGUUAUAUGGAGUAUUCAGAGGUUGUAAACCAGAGGCAACGUAAAAUACGUCACGGCAGUCGCAUGGAAAAGCGCCAAUUCGGCAUAGAUUUCAUCUCCAACAGACAUCACAGGCCCCUCCACCCCUCCCAUCUGUCGUCAACCAUAAAGUAAUUUUAAUCAAAUUGCAGUUGUCUGACUGUGGAUAGAUUGUUGUUGCUAAUCCAGCAUCAUCUCUCUGCCCCAUUCCUACCUUUCUCCCUUCCCAGUCUGUAUCUUACCAUUUCCCAUAUCGUAUUCAGUGGCUCAGUGUUUCGUCUGUAGUUAGUACCAAUUAAACUCAGACAUUGUGUUAGGAGCACUAUUCGCACUGAAAUUACUCAUCAAGAUACGCUUUAGGAACACUUUAGAUGUUUUAAGGGCAUCUUGCAUUAUGUGAAGACCCAAAAAGUAAUCGAACUGGAAGAAACUACAUUUCAGCAUUACUAGAAAUGAAAGGAAAAUGCAUGCAAGUGUUGCUAACUUAGUCAUC